GGAAAUGUCCAAAAGAAAAGAAUAAUAAUUCAUCUAACACAGCUCGGUCAAGCCCUUUACUCUCAAAUAGUUCCACAGUGAGUAGAACCCCAAGUCCUCAAGGAAAAGAGGGUCUAUCACAAGAGGAAAUAGAUAAGCGUAUUGCACGUGCCGAACGAUUUGGAUUACAACUAGAUUUAUCUCCUAAGCUACGAAACGUGAAUGGUAGCGCGAUUCUUGAACAUAAAAAAACAGCUGAAAUCAAAGAAUCGUCUCCGGAACCUAUAUUUGACUUUUUCAAGGUUAUAGAUGAAUAUAUAAGAACACAAUUUUUGGUUAAAAAAGCAAAAGAAUCUAGGCAAAAAAACAGUAGGCUAGUAGCGUGGGAUUUUUUUCACGAAGAUCUACAUCCUACUAUCUUUGGCUCGUUGUAUCAGGGUAAUAGGUGUAACAAGCGAGCUGACCUCAGUGAUGAGGAAGAGUAUGAUGAAGCGGGCGUUUUAUUGAGGAAGAAACAAAAAAAGGGCGAAGCAUCGUCCGUUUCUAGAUUUUUGGACGUGGAAGAAGAUGAUGUUCAUCAAUUUUUAUCAUCACGUCCGUCAUCACCUGCAUCCGGUAUCUUUGUGUCAACUAAUGUAAAUGAGACUUCUCCAUCCUUUACUCCACAGGUUCAGCAGUCAUUUUCCACUAUACACACACCUCCGUUAUUUAAUCAAUUUCAGUCAGAAAAAAAUCGUAAACCAUCGAUUCUUCAACGUUUAGGUAGAAAAGAUUCAAUUAGCCCUACCCCACCCAGUUCAGUCGAUAAGAAAAUGCUUGACCAAACAGACCUUUUAUCUUCUUCGAACGCAGAUGAUGAAUCCAUUUUUGGAAAUGACAAUAAAUCAUCGAAAUUCGUAGAGUCAGUAGUCACAGAGCAGACAAUUAACGUUAUACCUGAGGAAUCAAAAGAUGUGACAGAGUAUCUAUCGCUAAAUAUACAGGAUCCACAAUUGGACCCUCAUAACUGGGUAUUUGGCUCACCUCAUUUAACUUGUGCGGGGUCUGAACAUCGAGAGAAGGUUAAAAAACGAAAAGGUAGAAGCAAGAAACCACGACUUUUUGAUCGUAAAAAAGCCGAGAAUGAUAUAAAAAGAAAAGAACAUCAAGAUAUGAUUUCAGAAAAUCACGAUAUGAGGAUGAUUCUUGAUGACAACGACCGUAAAAAAGAAGCUUUGCGUACUCGUGAACUCAAUUCGAAAGAAAAAACACUUGACAAAAAAGAUGUUUGCGAUCACGAUGAAGCAAAUAAGUUGCAAGAUGAUCAUAUAAUUUCUAGAAAGAAAUCGUGUCAAAGUACACGUAUUGUUGAUCAUCAUAGCAACGAAUCUCUCGGUCGAGCAAAGAAAGAUUCGAAAUAUAAACAUUGCUUUCCUAAGGUUAUGGAGCUUGAAGAAAAAGAAAUUUAA